AUGGCGCCCGCUUUCCAUUAUUUCCCGGAGAGUUUCCCCCCACCUCGGGGCGCGCUGAUUGGCUGCCGCGCGGACCGUACCACUCGGCCUCGCGGGAAGGAAAACAAACGGAGGGAGAUCGGCGCGGCAAUGGGCGAGCUGGCGGCACGUGUCGCGGCUCGCGGGGCGGCGUCAGUAACCGACGGGGCGGGCGCGCGCCGGGCGCGGAACCCCGCCCCCCUGACUCGUCCUCUUGCACCGCCGUACCCUGAGCGGUCAUUGCGAGCACCGCGGCGGGGUAUGUGCCGGGGCACGAUGGCUCGCCGAUGCUGCAACGGCCGGGAUACCUUCUGUUAUAUUUGUGAUGUGGCCCGCCUGACCUACUGAGCAUUCCCAGUGGUAGGAUUGCCGGCAUUUUUGUUGAAUGAGGACCUCACUCCACAUAGGUGUGUUAAGGUGAAAUAGCUGAACAUCCCUUUUCAUUCCCACUAUGCCUUCCAGCCCUCACCACCUGUAAAUAGUUAAUUUGAUUUCUGUAAGUCUUGACUUUUCCAAACCAACCCUAAUUGAUAUUUCCAUUGCUGCCAUGGAAGUUUUUGCCUUUUAGUCUUUUGAUUGUUUUCAUUCACAUGGUGCCAUUUUCCAUCCACCUCGCUGUUUUAGAUUAAACAGACUGCAAUUUUCCAGGCUUGUGUUUUAAUCUAUGUUACUGCCAAAUUUGCUAUUUUUCUGACCAGUGAUAAUUAUUUUCCUGGGUUGCUGGAGCACUUUCACAGUACGGUAACUGUUGCUGUCUGUUUUUUCCUCUCUAAUAUCCUCUUCAUUUAUUCCUUUUUCCCAUCCUUUUACUAAAGUUACUUCUGUCCUCCAGCAUGGUUUUAGAAUUACAAAGCUUUGACCACAUAAUGUUUUUUUUCUUAAGCAUAUGUGUUCUUCCUGUGAUCAAGUGGGUUUCCUUGCAAAUCCCAAAGAUCUGUGGGUUUGUAGAUAUAUUGGUCAUUAUAAAUUGUCCCUUGUGUUUCAAUAGGUUGAAAAUUUUAAAGGGUGAGGUUGGGUAUGUGAGGAAAAUAAGAUUGGUUAGGAUACGAUUAAACUAAAAUUGGGUGCUUGAUAUAGACCAAAAGUCCUCUUUUCCUGCUGUAACUUUCUAUGAAUUGAUGAUUUCAAAAUAAGGCCUUUGUUAACCACAGCCCUUUCCACAUCACUCUUACCCCCCCUCAGGAUUUCUGUUCCUUGCUUUAUACGAUUGUUCCUCAUCCAAUUGUCCCAAUGGUGGUAUAAGGUAAUGUAAUGGAUGACAGAUGACAAAUAUUGUUCAUAAUAGAAACCGUUCUACAUAAUUCACAAACACUAUCAUUGAGUUGUGGUCACUUUAAGAUAUGGUGUCUGACAUAAUAAUGUCAGUAAUAAAAGCAUCUGCUUUUGGCUUGUUCAUAAUGGAAGUUAAGGGCUGCGGCUUUUAAGCACAUGGAAUGACUCUUGCUUGUUUUAUUCACAAAAUCCUACAGUGGUGACCCCUUAUUCUCAGACCAUUCCAGAGUUACUCAACAAUAUGUCAACCAAUGCAAUUGCUUGGAAGCUGCUGGAGUUUUGGGAGCAGCACACUACAGCAUGGAACACACACAAAAUGCUAGGGUAACUCAUCAGGCUAGGCAGCAUCUAUGGAAAAGAGUAAACAGUCGGCGUUCUGGGUUUCGGGUUUUAAACGUCGAUUGUUUAUUCUUUUCCAUAGAUGCUGCCUGGCGUGCUGAGUUCCUCCAGCAUUUUGUGUGUGUUGCCUGGAUUUCCAGCGUCUGCAGAUUUCUCAUCUUUGCACCAGAGCAUGGUUUGCGCAGACAGAAGCCCUGUUUGCGCUGUGAGAAAUCACAGCAGACAAUACCAAAUUUUAUUGUGUUGUAGCAUCGCUAAGUAAUUCCACCACAACCAGAGUGUUGAGUCUACUAGAAGACCUGCCUGCAUGCAAUAAAUAUGCCACUCUGAAAACUCACUUAUUACAGACUUUUGCACUGAGUAUGAGCACAACCAACAGUUGCUUUCCUUGCCCAGCCUGGGUGACGCUAGGCCUUCAGAAGUAAUGGACCAUAUGCUAUCUCUUGGGAAAUCACCAUCCUUGUUUUAUUUUUAAAGAAUUUGUUAUGCAACAAAUGCUUAAUCAAGUUUGCAUAACUCUCAUUAAUACACAUGAAGGACUAUAGGGAGCUUGCUAAAUUAGUCAAUAGUCUACACUCAGCCAGGCAGAGGUGCAAUGUUCCUCCUCUCCAUGUCUCAACAAGCCCUGUCAGUGGAACCUUCAGAUAACUCAUGCCCAAGGCAUCGAACCAGACACCACUGGGUCUAUGUUUUUCCCACGUGUGCUUCAGCACGAAUGCCAAGAUGUGCUGACCACCAUACAGCUUUGACAGUGCCACACAUCGGGACAUUGGAGCUCUGUGAACACAGUAGGUUCCAGUUGCCAGGGUUAAUUACAGACAGCCUUUCAGGACGACACUUCCUGUAUGACAUGGCGCUCAACUGAGUGUUCUGCCAACAUCGCCCUUUGAUGUUAAGUCAGAGAGUGACGGACCCUCACUGGAGGCUGCCAAUGGCAACAGGAUCUGGUCUUAUGGGGCACAACAUGUGACACUCUGCUUCAGCAGAUGACACUGCACAUGGAACUUUGCUUUGGCUAAAGUUGCUACACCCCUGCUUGCCGCAGAUUUUCCUGUGCGUCAAAAGACUGUUAGUAGAUCUUAAGAACUGCCGGCUAGAGGACGCAAGGGACUUUGGGUCAUUACCGUGUACCCCCAGUAAGUUCCCCAU